AAGAGGCGAGGCGAGCGGCGGGCGGGCGAGCGAGCGGCGGCCCCUGCCACGUAUUCCCGGCGACGUCGGCGGAGGCGGCGGCAGGAAUAACUCAAGUCAGCUUUAUUGGAAAUCAGUGUGAAUCAGCUGAAUUUAUUGAAGCAGCAGUUCUUAAAGAAGAAAAGGAGUUUCCCCUGCAUUGACAGAGAGCUGUGGCCUUUCGUCCAAACAAGCCCGGUCCCCGAGGAAAGAUGCGGCAGCUCAAAGGGAAGCCCAAGAAGGAAACAUCCAAAGACAAGAAGGAGCGGAAGCAGGCCAUGCAGGAGGCCCGGCAGCAGAUCACCACAGUGGUGCUGCCCACACUGGCUGUGGUCGUGCUGCUCAUCGUGGUAUUUGUCUAUGUGGCCACCCGUCCUGCCAUUACCGAGUGAGCGCCCUGCCACUGUGGACUCCAUGGGCCGCGGGGGGCGGGGGGGAGGGGCGGGAAGCAAAGGAAAAUGGCUUUCAUACGCAGAGAUGUUCACGAUGCUGAGCUCCAGGCAGGGGCGCUCUGUCUUCUCCGGUUUUUGACUUGAUUAAAGUGUCUCCACUUUUCUUGGGAGGGAAGAGGGAACAUUUUAUUGGUGAAUGUGCCAUGCACCUAUGGUCCACUUCAUGUGCCUUUCAGACUUCAGAGUAGUGUGUGUGUGUAUGUGUGUGUGUGCCCGUGUCUGUGUCUCCUGAAAUCAAUAUGUAGCUCCACCCGGUGAGAAGAGGCCUCUGGGUCAUGAAGCGGCUGGAAUCAGUACUUACCCAUCCCCAUUGUUUGGACCAUUACACGUUUUGACAUGUGUUCACAACUUCCAAAGGGACUAAUUCCACUCUGUGCUUAAUGUGAUUUGAAAUAUGUUGACUCAAAGUGAAAUAUUUAUUUUUUGAAUAAAGGAGAUAAUAGCCUUA